GUGUUUCAAAUUUUUAAAAAGAAAAUGGGUUGUUUUCAGGAUCUAAGGAGAGAAUCCUACAAGUUGAGUACCAAUCUUUGCGUUUUUGUGUCAAUACUCGGAUUUCUGCUGGUUUUGGGACUAGGAAUUUUCAUAUCAUCUGUUGCGUAUCUUCACAAAUAUGAUAAAGACCCUGUUUAUCCGUCACCGGAAAUGCUCAAGGAGUCCGUUUCGGGAGAUUUCACAUCGCAGGGCAUAGUGACUGAGAGAAUGAUUCAAAUGCCCCAGUCGUGUUCUGACAUCGCUGGAUGCGGUGGGAUAACAAAGGAUGGUGAAUACUGGUUGUAUCCUGCAGCAACGAAUGGGAAGAGGGUGAAGAUUUAUUGUCAUGACAUGCAGAGAGAUCCUAAGGAGUAUGUCACUCUGAAGUAUGAAAACUUCUUUGUUCAACACGACAGCUCAAACUGGAUUAGCAAAUACAAACGCUGCACAUCUAUAUUUAGGCCCCCACUAAAGAAAGCAGUUUUUUUGAAAGUGGCCAUUAACAUAAAGGAUAUGUCUGUGAAUGGAACAGAUUAUACGUUUGCAGUGCGUACAGGGAAUUUCAGUCUUCCUUUCGGACAAACAACAGACUGUGCUGGAGAAAUAAACUUUGUCAGAAAAACCUGUCCUCGAUUUUCCGGAGCAAAAAUCAAUACUCGAGGAACAGGGAUGAUAUUUGAUCCUACUAUUGUAUUCGGUAGAGUGGGAGGCUAUGCUACUGGUAUACUGGAUUUUCAGCGUUCAGCAGACGGAGCGGAAGUGUCUUUCCGGUGUGGAGGAUGGUGUGGAAAGUGUGGUGCAGUUGAAGAAGAAAUGAAGUUUAUUUUGGCAACAGAAUUUCUGCACAACCGGUGAUUUGUUCAGUGAAAUGAAGUCAAUGGUCCUAGACAUCAGCUUCGUUAUCAAGCUAUUUAGAGAAUGACAUGUCUCUUCUGGAAAAGAAAUUUUGGAACCUCUGACUUCAACAAUAAUGUACAAUUGAUUUUCUUUGCAUUCGUAUUAUGAUUUCUUAUAUUAUCAGUUUGUAAAAGAGCAAAGUGAUAUAACUAUUACUAUUAUUAUUGUUUUACUUGUAUUUAAAUGACAUACCUAAUGUGCAUCACUCUUCUGAGUUUGUUUCUCACGUGGAUACUCAAUUAUGUUUCAAAAAGCUACAACAAUUAAAUAAUUAAGUAUCAAAAUCACUAGUAUUUA